AUGGCUGCCAACUGCAUCUUUUGCAAAAUCAUCAAAGGAGCUAUCCCUUCACACAAGGUGCUGGAAACCGAAUUGACAUACGCAUUCUUGGAUAUCAGCCCGUUAUCGACUGGUCACCUCGUCAUCCCAAAGGCUCAUGCUCAAUUCUUCCAUCAAGUUCCCGACGAGAACUUGGCAGACUUGCUACCUGUCGCCAAGAAGGUUGCUCUCGCCAUCGGCGCAAAAGAUUACAAUUUGUUGCAGAACAACGGACGUCUAGCACACCAGGCUGUUGAUCACGUCCAUUUUCACAUCAUCCCAAAACCAAACGAAACAGAAGGCUUGGGAAUUGAGUGGCCAAUGUUGAAGCCCACCCAAGAACAAUUGCUUGCGACCAAGAACUCCAUUGUUGAGAAACUCUAA